CACCGGCUGCUCUGGGCGGCCCCGGCCUCAAACCGGGACGCGACGGGGGGCUGCCCGAGCCCCGUCCCCGCUCUCCGCGCCGGCGGGGAGCGGGGUCAGGCGGGCCGGGAGGGACAGAACGUGCCUCCGCCCCGGAAGUGAACGUGUUUACUUCCGGGGGCGGGCUCCGGCGGCGGUUGCCAGGGAAGCCGGGUUGCUAGGGCGGCAGCGGUAACACGCUCCCCUUUCAGGCACCCCCAGGCCUCCCGCUGCCCCCCGUUUCCCCGCCCCUGGUCUCCGCAGGAUGUUCAUCUACCUGAGCAAAAAGAUUGCAAUUCCUGGUAACGUUCGGCUAAGAUGUAUAUCUUGGAACAAGGACCAAGGUUUCAUAGCAUGUGGUGGAGAAGAUGGAUUGUUGAAAGUUUUAAAAUUAGAAACACAGACAGAUGAAGCUAAAUUAAAGGGACUUGCUGCUCCUAGCAAUCUUUCAAUGAAUCAGACCCUUGAAGGUCACAGUGGUUCUGUGCAAGUGGUGACCUGGAAUGAACAGUACCAAAAACUAACUACCAGUGAUCAAAAUGGGCUCAUCAUUGUGUGGAUGUUAUAUAAAGGUGCUUGGUAUGAGGAGAUGAUCAACAAUAGAAAUAAAUCUGUUGUUCGAAGUAUGAGCUGGAAUGCUGAUGGACAAAAGAUUUGUAUUGUGUACGAAGAUGGGGCUGUGAUUGUUGGUUCAGUGGAUGGUAAUCGUAUUUGGGGGAAAGAUUUGAAAGGUUCACAACUGUGCCAUGUAGCAUGGUCCUCAGAUAGCAAAAUUCUACUCUUUGGAAUGGCAAAUGGAGAAAUUCAUAUUUAUGACAACCAAGGGAAUUUUAUUAUGAAAAUGAAACUGAAUUGUUUGGUGAACAUAACUGGAGCAUUCAGUAUUGCCGGAAUACAUUGGUACCCUGGUACAGAGGGCUAUACUGAGCCAGAUUGCCCUUGCCUUGCUAUCUGUUUUGACAAUGGAAGAUGCCAGAUAAUGAGACAUGAGAAUGACCAAAACCCUGUUUUGAUUGACACUGGUAUGAAUGUAGUGAGUAUCCAAUGGAACCACUGUGGAAGUGUGUUGGCUGUGGCAGGCUUCCAAAAAGCAACUACUCAGGAUAAAGAUGUAAAUCUUGUGCAAUUCUACACUCCAUUUGGUGAGCAUUUGCGUACAUUGAAAGUUCCUGGCAAGCAGAUGUCAGCAUUGUCCUGGGAGGGAGGUGGACUGAAGAUUGGGUUAGCUGUUGAUUCUUUUAUAUAUUUUGCAAACAUUCGACCAGAUUACAAGUGGGGUUACUGCUCCAACACAGUGGUUUAUGCAUAUACCCGACCGGAUCGUCCUGAAUACUGUGUGGUUUUUUGGGAUACAAAAAACAAUGAAAAGUAUGUGAAAUAUGUCAAGAGUCUGAUUUCCAUAACCACUUGUGGAGACUUCUGCAUUUUGGCAACUAAAGCUGAUGAAAACCAACCUCAGUACGUGCUGGUUCUUUGCAAUUCUAUUGGUACACCCCUCGAUCCAAAAUAUAUUGACAUUGGACCAUUAUUUGUUACAAUGACCAAAACCCAUGUGAUAGCAGCUUCAAAAGAAGCAUUUUAUAUAUGGCAAUACCGUGUUGCCAAGAAGCUCACAGCAAUGGAAAUUAAUCAGGUAGCACGGACUAGAAAAGAAGGCAGAGAGAGGAUUUAUCACAUUGAUGAUAUCCCUUCUGGAGCUGCAGAUGGAGUGCUUGAUUACAGCAAGGCCAUUCAAGGAACAAGGGAUCCAAUCUGUGCAAUAUCCACAUCUGAUAAGACACUAAUUGUGGGGCGUGAAUCUGGCACCAUUCAGAGAUACAGUCUUCCUAACGUUGGAUUAGUUCAGAAGUAUGUCCUGAACUGUCGGGCCUAUCAAAUGUCUUUGAAUUGCAACUCCAGUCGUCUUGCUAUCAUAGACCUUUCUGGAGUUCUAACUUUCUUUGACUUGGAUACACGGGUAACAGACAGUACAGGACAGCAAGUCGUAGGCGAGCAGCUGAAGUUGGAACGCAAAGAUGUCUGGGAUAUGAAAUGGGCCAAAGAUAAUCCAGACUUAUUUGCUAUGAUGGAGAAAACAAGAAUGUAUGUUUUCAGAAACUUGGAUCCUGAGGAACCCAUUCAGACUUCUGGAUAUAUUUGCAACUUUGAAGAUUUAGAAAUUAAAUCUGUUCUUUUGGAUGAAAUAUUGAAAAAUCCUGAACAUCCUAACAAAGAUUACAUAAUUAACUUUGAGAUCCGAUCACUACGAGACAGUCGAGCAUUGAUUGAGGAGGUCGGGAUUGAAGAGUCUUCCCAAUUCAUAGAAGAUAAUCCACAUCCUAGACUUUGGCGCCUCCUGGCCGAAGCCGCUCUUCAGAAGCUAGACCUACAAAUUGCUGAACAAGCAUUUGUGCGCUGCAAAGACUAUCAAGGCAUUAAAUUUGUGAAAUGCCUAGGCAAUCUGCAGAGCCAGUCAAUGAAGCAAGCUGAAGUGGCAGCUUACUUUAGCCGGUUUGAAGAAGCUGAAAGAAUGUAUUUGGAUAUGGACAGAAGAGAUCUUGCUAUUGGUCUUCGGAUAAAACUUGGAGACUGGUUUCGAGUAUUGCAGCUAUUGAAAACAGGCUCAGGCGAUGCAGAUGACACUCUUCUUGAACAAGCACAUAAUGCUAUUGGAGACUAUUUUGCAGACAGACAAAAAUGGAUAAAUGCUGUACAAUAUUAUGUACAAGGAAGAAACCAGGAACGUUUAGCUGAAUGUUACUACAUGCUAGAAGACUACCAAGGACUAGAGAAUCUGGCUAACUCGCUUCCAGAAAAUAACAAGUUACUUCCUGACAUAGCUCAUAUGUUUGUCAGAGUGGGGAUGUGUGAACAAGCUGUGACUGCCUUUCUGAAAUGUAAUCGACCAAAGGAUGCUGUAGAUACCUGUGUACAUCUCAACCAGUGGAAUAAAGCCGUUGAGUUGGCUAAAAAUCACAAUAUGAAAGAGAUUGGAUCCUUGCUAGCUAGAUAUGCAUCUCAUUUACUGGAAAAGAAUAAAAUCCUUGAUGCCAUAGAACUCUAUCGUAAAGCCAACUAUUUUUUUGAUGCUGCUAAACUCAUGUUCAAGAUUGCAGAUGAAGAGGCAAAGAAAAGGACUAAACCUUUACGAGUCAAAAAGCUUUAUGUAUUAUCAGCUUUACUUGUAGAACAGUACCAUGAACAAGUGAAAAAUGCACAGAGGGGAAAAGUUAAAGGAAAGAGUUCAGAGGCUACUUCAGCUUUAGCUGGUUUGCUAGAGGAAGAUGUUCUUUCUUCAGCUAAUCGCCUCACAGAUAAUGCCUGGCGAGGAGCUGAGGCUUAUCAUUUUUUUAUACUUGCACAAAGACAGCUCUAUGAAGGUUAUGUAGACAUGGCAAUGAAAACAGCCCUUCACCUGCGAGAUUAUGAAGACAUUAUCCCUGCAGUUGAGACCUAUUCCCUUUUGGCACUCUGUGCAUGUGCCAAUAGAGCAUUUGGUACUUGUUCAAAAGCCUUUGUUAAACUGGAAUCCUUAGAAACCCUUAGCCCUGAACAGAGACAGCAAUAUGAAGAUCUUGCACUGGAGAUAUUCACUAAACACUGUCCUAAACAUACCAAAAAAUCUGAUCUGGAUGGUCUUCUGGAGGGUGGAGAAGGGAAACUUCCAACAUGUGUUGCAACAGGAAGAUCUAUCACAGAGUAUCAAUUCUGGAUGUGCAAUGUGUGCAAGCACUGCGUGCAGGCCAAAGAAAUAAGCAAUUACAACUUCUGUCCUUUGUGCCAUAGUUCAGUGACAUAGUAAAAGAAAAAGAAUUGUGAGGUGUGUCCUUGUGUAUGUACCAUUACAAACAUAAAAAAGACUUCAAGAUUUCAAAGUGUGUUAUGAACUGUAAUACAGGCACUAUACUGUUACAAGAUGCUACUAAGAUUAUUAGAGAAAAAUCUUUCUUAGAAAGAAACUAGAAUGACAAGAGACCUGAAAAAGAUGUAAUUGUGAAUCCCCUUUUAUAAAAAUGAGUUAACAGGGUUUUUUCUAAGACUAAAAACAAACAAAAUGAGUGCAUGCUUAUUUCUAUCUAUGUUUCCUUUGAGACACUCUAGGGGCUUGUCUACCAGGGAAGUUAGUAGGCAGUAAGCUAGGGUAUAAAUUUAAAAUACAGUAGCUACUUUGCAUUAACUCCCCAUGUGGAUAUUCUUAUUAUGCACCAAGAGUGCCCAUGGUGUUGCUGGAAGAUUUUGAUUAAAUUAUAAUAAGCCCGGGAUGUUGCUUAGAAACACUGCUUUUAAUUUGAAACCCUUUAUUUCCAAUUUAUCUAUUCCGAUAUUAAAGGUUGUGACCCGCCCUAAGGGAUUUUCCAGGGAAAGCCACAGUUAGCCAACUUUCCCUUGAAGGACACGGAUACAGCCCUCCGAUCAAGAAUAGGCAACAAGCAAUAAAUUCUGUGAAAACAAAAAUAUUUGUUUAGAAGCGAUUAGUUACAGUAAAAGUAGAGAGAGAGGUAAUAAAGUUACAAUAUAAACAUGAAGCGGCAUGGCAAAUAAAGACAGCACUACAGUCACAUGUAGUAUAACAAUAAUCACACACGUAAUACUCUAUAUCUUAUAACAAACAUAUAACAGUACAUCAAUGAAUAUUAACUACUUAAAAACUAAACAUGCACCAAGUACUGAUCAGACAGUCAUUAAAUGGGUAGGGAGAUCUCACUCAGAGCAGAGGCAUCAAGCGUUAUUUACACUUUAAACCCACACGCUCUAGGAUGCUAAAAUAAAAGACAAUUAAAUGUACGGAAGCCUUCUUAAAAAUCCUUCUGAAUCAUCUUACAAAGGUCCUUCUGCUCUGUCUGAGGCUAGGGUGCGGUGCCUAGGGAGCGUGGUCUGGGCUCUGAGCUGCUGCCUUCUCCUGAGGUAGUGUCUCCCCUCAGGCAGGAGGGACAGAAGCCUGUUGAUCACAGCUGCUGGGCUGCUGCGGAGGCUUCCUGCUGGCUGGGUGGCAGAAAUGGCCAUUGCCAGGGGGCGACCCUGGACUCCUGGGUCGGCAGCUGCUGUUAUGCCUGCCUUUCAAGCAGCCUCUUCUUCGCUGGGUUUUGCUGAUGCUGCAGCCGCUGUCCUGUAAGCGCUUUUCUUCCUUGGAGGUGUUUGGCAGAGCUCUGCUCUCUUGCUGUUCCUGGUCCCCUCCAGAGCUGUAGCCUGCUGGCUGCUGCCUUUAUAUAUGAUUUUAGCUCAUUAGCUAUUAAUUUAUUAUCAUAAUUCAGCCAAUCAGCUUUCAGGGAUUUGCAUAUGCUAACAUAUGGCAUGAGAAUCGACACAUGGCACUCAAGCUCAGCCAGUUUCCAGAGAUUAGCAUAUGCUAAUUAGUCACAUGUACAGAAAGCUCUUUCCCUGUCUCUGUCCCAUAGACUUCUAUGGGCUCAAUACAUCCUUAUGGGGGUUUUCAGCUGACCUUUGGUGGAACCCUAGCUACUUCCUGUCUGGAAGUCGUAUUGGUUUCUGUGGGCAACAGUGUAUUCCUAUGGGGUUUUGCUGGGUCAUUCCCCAUCAGAAGUGAUGUAAUACCUUGCCUUGAUUGCCUCAUCCCUAUUCAUUUCUAUGGGCUCCCAUGUCUUCCUAUGGGAUUUCCCACUACAUUACAUAACCCUAUGGCCACCAUUACUUUAUUUUCUAAUUUAAACUAUUUAAUGAAAGCUUUAUUUUUAAAUCUAACCACUGUUCUAAGCAUGUCAACGGUUCCUGACACUACCCCCACUCAUUUUAUGUCCAAUUAAACAAUUUUAUAAUUUUUCUGAAUUUAACCCCCUUCUGAGGUUUUUCUGCAGAUUUUCCCAUUUACAGUUGAUAAAGCAUUUUGGGCAACGGAGGCAAAAUCUCUUGUCACAAUGGGGUGUUUAAGCUUAAUGCGCUUUAAAAUGUAUUAAGCUAAAGUGCACAAAGGCACUUUUAGUGUACAGUAAGCUUGUCUACAUGAGAAGUUAGUGCAGAACAACUAAUGCAUUGUAACACCCUAGCUUGCUGUUAAUUAACUGCUCCAUGUAGACAAGCUCUUGGUUAUGGGAGCUUCAUUCUUCUUUUUUAUAAUAUACAUUCAGUAGAAAAAAUAUUGGUUUUCCCAAAAUAUACAGAUGGACUCUUGGAGUAAAGAAUUUCCAGAUGGGACCAAUAUUGAAGUAGCACCCUUUAUAACCUUGAUAUCAUUCUUUUGUACAUUUUCCUAUAACUUUUUUUUUAAAUACAAUGAAAAUAUUCUAGUCUAGUUAUAGUUAGAACCAAAUAUUUAUGCUGCAGUCUUUUUUCUAAACACAUAUUUACAAGUACAGUACUGACAAAGGACCUCUAAGAGGUGAUCUGUCAAGAAACUAGGGUUUAUAAUCUGAAUUCUUGGGCUCUCUCUCUUUUGGAUCUGUUAACUGUUUGUUUCACAUUUAUGUAACCAGGUUGAAUCACCCAUGGUUAGUAAUAACAGAAACCAGCUACCAGCUGACAGCUCUUAGUGAACUCUAUGAUACAAAUUAGCAGCCUCAAUCAACUGGCAGAUCAUGUGUUCACACAGGCAGAUAAUGUGUUCAUGUCACACUGUCAUAAUUGUCAUCCUUGUUUGGCAGUAUGAAUGGCAAUUGAAGGGAUAUGGAGAUUGAAUUAGUCUGUCAUCUUUCCUACUUUGUAGAAUUGAGCCACACUGCGGGCAGAGUGUGGUGAAGCUUACACUGCAGCUCUACAUAUUCUUCAAAUAGAUAGAGCACUUCAGUGUUCAGUCUUGUCAGUCUGGUAUCUUUCACAAGCACUAAAUUCACUUUAAGGAGGAUUAUAUUUUUGAGGAAAGCUUCUCAGGAGUCUUGUUUUCUCUUGGUUUGUCUUUCUGGGUGAAAAAUUACCUUUGUAAUAUCCAUAAGAUAAAUCUUUGGUUCUUUUGAAUAGUUUAUUCCUCCUGUAUGGAAAAGCUUUAUAUGUGAAAAAUAUACCAUGAAAUAAAAAUCUGAUUUUCUACACUGA